AGCAUCCUUGUCACAGGACUUUGGAAGGCUACCCAGUCCAGCCAGAAGAUGUCCAUGUUCGGGGAGGAUUGCAGCUAACAUUGGCUCCUUGUUGGGGCGGCCAGGACCUCUGCAAGCUCUAGCAUUUGAACAAUCUAGUGAGAAAAUUCCUCUGCUUCUUUGGUAUUUUCUUUACUCCUUUAGAAAACCUAGCGAUUUUUGUCUUCACAUAGAAAACAGCAGAUACCUGCUCAUAAAAGAAAGUAACAAUGGUUUUAGAGAACCAGCCUGAAGUUUACUGUGUGGAAAUCGAUGGGGCAAAGGAUAUAGAAAAUCCGGAUACGGGAAUUGGAAAUGAGAAGAAGAAAGAGAAAGUGAAGAAGAAAAACACUAAGAAAAAGGACAAACAAGUAGAUGAUCUCAAGAAGGAACUGGAACUGAUUGAUCAUAAGCUUGGAGUUGAAGAACUAGAGGAAAAAUAUGGAACAAGUCUUCUCAAAGGUCUCACCAGUGCAAGAGCUGCAGAGAUUCUGGCUCGCGACGGUCCCAACGCUCUCACACCACCAAAGGGUACUCCUGAAAUCGUCAAAUUCUGCAAGCAGAUGAUAGGAGGGUUUUCUCUCCUAUUGUGGGCUGGGGCAAUCCUUUGUUGGAUUGCUUAUGGAAUUCAGUAUUCUCAAGACAACACUAUAGCUAGGGACAAUCUUUACCUGGGCAUUGUCCUGGCUGCUGUUGUUAUCCUAACGGGAUGCUUUGCUUAUUUCCAAGAGGCCAAAAGUACCAACAUCAUGGCCAGCUUCAAUAAAAUGAUACCGCAACAAGCACUUGUUACUCGAAAUGGAGAGAAACUAGAAGUCCCUGCAACGGAAUUGGUAGUCGGAGAUCUGGUGGAAAUUAAAGGUGGAGAUAGAAUCCCAGCUGAUGUUAGGAUUACAUUUGCUCAAGGUUGCAAGGUUGACAAUUCAUCCCUUACUGGCGAAUCAGAAGCUCAGCAGCGAUCAUCUGGAUUCACACAUGACAAUCCCCUGGAAACCAAGAAUAUUGCAUUUUACUCUACUACCUGCUUGGAAGGCACCACCAAAGGAUUUGUGAUUAACACGGGUGACAAUACUAUCAUAGGACGCAUCGCCAAACUAGCUUCUGGGGUUGGAAAUGAGAAGACACCAAUUGCAGUUGAAAUCGAGCACUUUGUGCACAUUGUUGCAGCAGUUGCUGUGUCUGUUGGAGUUAUUUUCUUUAUCAUUGCUUUGUGUAUGGGCUACUCAGUUCUCAACUCCAUUAUCUUCCUCAUUGGAAUCAUUGUUGCUAAUGUACCAGAAGGUCUCCUGGCAACUGUCACUGUGAUUACACUUUCGUUGACAGCAAAACGCAUGGCAAAGAAAAAUUGCUUGGUUAAGAAUCUAGAAGCGGUGGAAACUCGUUCUACAGCUAUUAUCUGCUCUGAAAAAACAGGAACCCUAACACCAAACAGGAUGACAGUCGCACAUCUCUGGUUUGACAAUCAGAUACAUUCUGCUGACACAAGUGAAGGACCAAACACGUAUGUAUAUUUUUUAUCUACCAAAUAUCAUUCUUUUGAACAAAGCUCUGACACUGGGCGUCAUUAUGGCAGGAUUGUAUCCCUAUGUAACCGUGCAGAAUUUAAAGGGGGCCAGGAAGAGGUUCCAGUUAUGAAGAGGGUUGUAGUUGGAGAUGCUUCUGAAACAGCACUUCUGAAAUUUUCUGAGGUUCUCACAGGAGACGUUAUGAGCAUCAGAAAUCAGAACCUAAAAGUGUCUGAGAUACCAUUUAAUUCCACAAACAAAUAUCAGCUCUCUAUACAUAAAACCGAUGACCCCAAAGAUAAGAGAUUCCUGCUGGUUAUGAAGGGGGCACCAGAGAGGAUAUUAGACCGCUGUUCCACCAUUAUGUUUGGAGGCAAAGAACAGCUUCUGGAUGAAACAAUGAAGGAAGCGUUUCAAACUGCCUACAUGGAGCUAGGAGGCAUGGGGGAGAGAGUAUUAGGUAGGAACAUUUUCCUCCAGUUUUUUGUCACCUAUUAUCUUCCAGAAGAUGAAUAUCCAGAAUCAUAUCAAUUUGAUACGGAAUCAGUAAAUUUUCCAACCACUGAUCUUUGUUUUGUCGGACUCCUAUCAAUGAUUGAUCCGCCUCGUUCAACGGUGCCAGAUGCUGUAGCAAAAUGCAGGAGUGCAGGAAUCAAGGUCAUUAUGGUAACAGGCGACCACCCUAUUACAGCAAAGGCUAUUGCCAAAAGUGGUAUCAUUUCAGCUGGCAGUGAAACUGUGGAUGACAUUGCCAAGCGCCUAAACAUUUCUGUAGAGCAAGUUGAUAAGCGUGAAGCCAAAGCUGCAGUAGUUAAUGGAGCAGCUAAAGACAUGGAUUCUGAGGACCUGGACGAAAUCUUAUGCCAUCAUUCUGAAAUUGUGUUUGCACGGACUUCCCCGCAACAAAAACUGAUCAUAGUGGAAGGUUGUCAGAGACAGAACUUUGUGGUUGCUGUAACUGGGGAUGGUGUUAAUGACUCCCCAGCGCUCAAGAAGGCCGAUAUUGGAAUCGCUAUGGGGAUUGCAGGAUCGGAUGCAGCGAAAAAUGCGGCAGACAUGAUUUUACUUGAUGAUAAUUUUGCCUCUAUUGUAACUGGAGUUGAAGAAGGUCGUUUAAUUUUUGAUAAUAUUAAAAAAUCCAUUGGAUACACUUUAACUAAGAACAUCGCUGAGCUGUGUCCCUUCCUGAUCUACAUUAUUGCCAGCAUCCCUUUGCCAAUUGGAACCAUCACCAUUCUGUUUAUUGACCUGGGAACAGAUAUUAUUCCAUCAGUUUCAUUUGCGUAUGAAAGAGCAGAAAGAGACAUCAUGAAUAGAAAACCUCGCAGAAAGAAUGUGGACAGAUUGGUGAACCAGCAACUGGCUUUAUAUGCGUACUUACAGAUCGGAAUCAUUCAGUCGGUUGGAGCAUUCUUGAACUAUUUCACGGUCAUGGCAGAGCAAGGUUUUUUGCCUAGAACACUAAUUGGUAUUCGUGUACCUUGGGAGGACCUCAAUAAUCAGGAACUUGAAGACAGUUAUGGGCAAGAAUGGACCGUUGCUCAACGCCAGUUCCUCGAGUGGACAGGUUACACAGCAUUUUUCGUCAGCAUUGUUAUGGAACAGCUGGCUGACCUUUUGAUAAGAAAAACACGAAGAAAUUCCCUAUUCCAACAGGGGUUAUUUAGGAAUAAGUUCCUCUUGUUUGGUUUGGCAUCACAAGUAGUCAUUGCAGCAUUUCUUUCUUACUGUCCUGAAAUGCCGUAUGCCCUAAAAUUUGCUCCAUUGAGGGUUCAGUACUGGUUUGUUUCAAUUCCUUACGUCAUUUUAAUAAUUAUUUAUGAUGAACUUCGUAAACUAUUUAUCAGGCAAUAUCCUGGCAGUUGGUGGGAUAAGAAUAUGUAUUAUUGAAGAUUUUUGGACUACCUGAAACCUUCUUUGGUUGAAUGGAUUCUUCAAACCUGUUAGAAGUUUGUUAUGUACAAUACCAAAAUGAAGGAUUAGAUGUUGACAUCAUAUACUGUAGCAUAAGAUAUUUCUGGAAAGUUAAAUAAUCGUGUUUGCCUGAAUUAAAGGCAAUGUUUCUAUUUUAAAACCUAGCACUUUAAGAAGUAUUAGUAUGGACCUAGCAAGCUUUAUAAUCUUUUUAAAGGGGUGUCAACUCCUAGCGGGUUUUAAAUUAGCUGUACUGCACUGUGGCUCCUUCAUCUAUGCUUCUUUGGGUGCACUGAAAUGUGUUUAUAAGUGGGAAGGAGGGAAUCCAUGCAAUAUAAUUUUACCCACAUGUGUCAUGGACCUGCCACAUCUUUUCUUCUCUAAAAUCAUCUGGAGUAAUUCCAAAUGUAACCAGGACAUACUCCCAAUAAUAGUAACAGAUACGUUACUGUGUUGAAUAUAGUCCUUCUUAUUUAUUCCAAUCAUAUUCGAUUGCACAAGCAAAUAUUUUGGUUUAGCCAAAAUCUCAUAAAACAUGGCUUCUCUUUACACUGUCACCUUUAUUAAGAGAUGAUACAGCCAGAAAAAAAUGUCCUGUCCCUAAAUGGGUAUCAAACAAAAGUCCCAAGCUUGUGACACCUUUAAUAAGGGGUCCAAAAGCUUAGUCAAUAAUUAGGCAGGCCCAGCAUCCCACUGGUCAGGCUUCCAAAUCUGUUUCUGUUGACCAGGGCAGAAGACAGGGAUAUAUUGUUCAUAUGACCCUAGAACUAUGUAAAAGCAAAACAACAACAACACAUUAUUCGUAGUGCACCACUGAUCUGCUUAGGGGAUUUGGUACAAUUGUAAGACACAGGUAGGAACUUUCUUGCACACUGCCUAUGGAGAUUCAGUGAAAGUAUGCAAUGCAAUCAUUUACCAAAAGAAUAAAUGUAGUUUAUCACUGAUUAUUGCGUAUAUGUAACAUGGGAAGAGGGAUAUCCCUUUGAAUGUCUGCAAUUUUUUACAAAUCCAAUCACGUAUCCUAUUUGUUGAACAAAUAAGGAUGCCUGGAUAUGUAUUGUAAAUAGCAAAAUGCUAUUUUAACAAGAAAAAGUAAAAAAAAAAUAAAAAAAAUAAGGAAACUAUAUUUCUCUUUUUGUCACAGCACAUAAAUCAUGUAGAUGUAAAUCUAUUGUCUUUUCAAACUACAACUGUGUCAAAUAAAAAACAUUUUACAGUAAA